UAAGAUAACAACCAGCAAGACCCCCAGCUUCGCGACAGCAACGCAACGACUCGGACCACUUCAAGACGGCCAAGGGUGUGCGCAGCGGGAUACCUGCAGAUUGCGCGGCGCGCAGAUUAGACACAUAUGACAGUGGGAAAUAGAAUGGCCGAUACACGCACGCCAUUCCUGCGCCCGCAAUGCCCCCAACCAGCGCAAUGAACAACGGCGCCGCCUCGAGUUCGAGUUUGGGGCCGAGUUCAGGGCCAUCGUCUGCUAGUCACGGCAAUGGCAACCCCUAUGACGAACCCCGCUACACACACGACGACGCCGACGCCGACGAGCUCGACCUCCUGGGCGACGACGACGCAACCACCGUCCUCCGCGACGACCCCCUGCAGACCGACCUCUCCUCGCCGCUGACCUUCAAGCGCAAGCAAAAACAGCCCGGCUUCCUCUCCCAGCCCGCACGCCUCCUCAGCUCCCUAACAGGCCGCGCUCUCAACUCCUCGCACAACGCUGCCCGAAGCACUCCCAACCUCCCCCCAUCCCCACCACCACCACCACCCCUCACCGGCGCCAGCACACGCCUCGACCCCCUCAGCCCCACAAAAGACCCUUCCAGCUCGGCGCCCCACCCGCACGACUGGUACGCCGAAGGCCCCGGCCGGCGCGUGGGCUACGAGGACUUGACCGCGAUCGACUGGAUCUUCGAGUACACCAAGGAGCGACAGCGGCAGCGGGCCCUUCGCGCCGCCACCACCACCACCUUCCCCCCAAACGGCAGCAGCAGCGGCAGCGGCAGCGGCAGCGCGGCGCUGCAGCAGCUGCUGGGCUACGCGCAGCGCCUGCUCGACGCCAGCCAGGUGUGGGUCGUGCUGCUGCUGACGGGGCUGGCGGUGGGCGCGCUGGCGGCGGCGAUCGACGUCGCGACCGACUGGCUGGGGGACGUCAAGGACGGGUUCUGCAGCAGCGCGGUGGACGGCGGCCGGUUCUACCUCAGCAGGUCCGCCUGCUGCUUUGGCUACGAGGAGAGCAGUCACUGUCGCGGGUGGCGGCGGUGGGGGGUUGCGUUGCUGGGUAGGGCCGAGGGGGGCGGCGUGUGGGUGGUGGAGUAUGUGGUGUAUUUGGUUUUGGCGGUUGCGUUCGCCCUGUCGGCGGCCGUGCUGGUCAAGGAGUAUGCCAUCUACGCCAAGCACAGCGGUAUCCCUGAGAUCAAGACGGUGUUGGGAGGCUUUGUGAUCCGGAGGUUUCUGGGGGUAUGGACCUUGAUCACGAAGUCACUGGGCUUGGUUCUGGCGGUGGGAUCGGGGAUGUGGCUAGGCAAGGAGGGCCCCCUGGUCCAUGUUGCCUGCUGCUGUGCGAACCUAUUCAUAAAGCUGUUCUCGAACAUUAACAAUAACGAGGCUCGGAAGAGGGAGGUCUUCUCAGCAGCCGCCGCCUCUGGCAUCUCGGUCGCCUUCGGGUCGCCCAUCGGUGGUGUGCUCUUCUCGCUCGAGCAACUGUCCUACUACUUCCCCGAUAAGACCAUGUGGCAGAGCUUUGUAUGCGCCAUGACCGCCGCUGUGGUGCUGCAGGCGUUCGACCCCUUCCGAUCGGGCAAGCUGGUCAUGUACCAGGUGACAUACGACUCGCACUGGCACGGCUUCGAGCUCGUUCCGUUCGUCAUCCUGGGCAUCCUCGGCGGCAUCUACGGCGGGCUGUUUAUCAAGGCCAACAUGAAGGUGGCCAAGUGGAGGAAAUCGACCGCCUGGCUGCCCGGGCCGGUCGUUCAAGUUGUCAUCGUGGCCAGCCUGACGGCUCUCAUCAACUACCCGAACCACUACAUGCGGGCCCAGUCGUCCGAGCUGGUGUCCAACCUGUUCACGGAAUGCUCGAAGCUGGUCGACGACCAGUUCGGGCUCUGUAAGACGGGCGCCGCCUCGGCCGGCACCGUCGUCCUGCUCAUCUUCGCCGCCCUGCUGGGCUUCUGCCUCGCCGCCAUCACGUUCGGGCUGCAGAUCCCCGCGGGCAUCAUCCUGCCGUCCAUGGCCAUCGGCGCGCUCACGGGGCGCGCGGUUGGCAUCGUGGUGGAGAUCUGGCAGCACAACCACCCGGGCUUCAUCGCCUUCCGCUCGUGCGAGCCCGACAUCCCCUGCAUCACGCCGGGCACGUACGCCAUCAUCGGCGCGGCAGCGGCGCUCGCGGGCGUCACGCGCAUGACCGUCUCCAUCGUGGUCAUCAUGUUCGAGCUGACGGGCGCGCUGACCUACGUGCUGCCCAUCAUGGUGGCCGUGAUGGUGUCCAAGUGGGUGGGCGACGCCUUCUCGCGGCGCGGCAUCUACGAGUCCUGGAUCCACCUCAACGAGUACCCGUUCCUGGACAACUCGGAGGAGACGACCACGUCAGUGCCGGACAUGCCGGCGGCGCAGGUCAUGACGCGCGUCGAGGACCUGGUGGUGCUGACGGCGACGGGCCACACCAUCGCCUCGCUGUCGGCCGUGCUCGCCGCGCACCCCUACCGCGGCUUCCCCGUCGUCUCGGACCCGCGCGACGCCAUCCUGCUCGGCUACAUCUCGCGCGCCGAGCUCGCCUACGCCCUGCACGCCGCCACCCAGCCGCCGCGCUGCCUGCCGCCCGACGACACCGAGGCCUUCUUCGCCCACCAGCCCCUCGCCGACCCCCGCACCACCCUCGACCUGCGCCCCUGGAUGGACCAGACCCCGCUCACCCUGCCCAGCGGCUGCCGCCUGCACCUGGCCCUGAGCUACUUCCAGAAGCUCGGGCUCCGGUACGUGCUGUUUGUGGACCGCGGCGCGCUGCAGGGCUUGUUGACGAAGAAGGAUGUGUGGUAUGUGCUGAACGGGGCCGAGGAGACGAGGCGGACGAGCGGGAUGGCGGGGGGCGGCGGCGGCGGCGCUGGUGAAGCGGGAAGGGUUGGCGGAUUGGGAGGAGACUUGCAGACGGGCAUUGCCAGGGAGCACGGCGAUGGGGAGAGCGCGGGCCUGCUGGGGGCCGUGGGGCUGGCCGACGAGGCCGAGAUGGCGAGUCCGGUGGUCGAUGGCGAGAGCAUAUUGUAGCACAUAGGUAGCGUGUCUAGAUGUCGACGUUUUCGCAUGCUGUGUGCUGUCACAAUGUUUUCCUGCCUGUAGCGUGGUUCUGUCUGUGUGGAACUUGCCCUCAGGGGCUCGGCUAUUGCCAGCUGCCGGCCAGUGCCCUGGACGCUGCG